AUGGGUUGUUUAAAGCUACGAGUUCAACCAGAAGAUGUUAUAAUAAAUUGCUCUAAAGGUGUUACAAUUCCUCCUCCUAAAGGUCAUAAAUGGAAAGAAGUUCGACAUGACAAUAUGGUCACUUGGCUUUGUUCUUGGAAUGAAAAUGUUUUGUUCAGUAACAAAUAUAUAAUGUUAAACCCUUCUUCAAAGCUUAAAGGCCAAAAAGAUUGGGAAAAGUUCGAAAAAGCGCGAAAGCUUAAAGGCUGUGUUGGGCCAAUUCGAGAUCAGUAUUUAUUAGACUUUAAAAGCAAAGAGAUGCGAAUACGACAACGUGCAGUUGCUCUUUAUUUUAUUGAUAAAUUUGCGCUUAGAGCUGGAAAUGAAAAGGAUACUGAUGAAGCUGCAGAUACUGUUGGUUGUUGCUCUCUUCGUUGUGAACAUAUUAAAUUACACGAAGAAUUGGAUAACCAGAAAUAUGUUGUAGAAUUUGAUUUUCUUGGAAAAGAUUCAAUUCGUUAUUACAAUCGUGUACCUGUUGAAAAGGCUGUUUUUAAAAAUUUGAAAAUUUUUAUGGAAGGAAAGGAACCUGGCGAUGAUCUCUUUGAUAGACUUGAUACAAGUUCUCUAAAUGCUUAUUUGAAAGAAUUAAUGGAUGGAUUAACUGCCAAAGUAUUUCGUACAUAUAAUGCUUCAAUUACUUUACAAGACCAAUUGGAUAAAUUAACAAAUCCUGAUGAUACAAUCCAUGCAAAGCUGCUUUCAUAUAAUCGUGCAAAUCGACAAGUUGCAAUUCUUUGUAAUCACCAACGUGCAGUCCCUAAAACUCAUGAUAAGGCUAUGGAAACACUACAAAAUAAGAUUAAUGAAAAGAAGAAAGAAUAUAAAGAAAUUAAAGCUGAACUUAAGAAAAAUAAAAAUGAUGAGAAAUUGCAGAAAAAAUAUACUCGAGUGAAAGAACAACUUGUAAAAUUAAAAACACAGCAUACCGACAAGGAUGAAAAUAAACAAAUUGCAUUGGGCACAUCCAAACUUAAUUAUUUGGAUCCAAGGUUUUUUUUAAAUACGGACUGA